CACGACCCGCGGCCCCGGGGCGGGCGGCAGCACCCUGCCUGCUCUCCUCCCUCCCGCAGGACAGCUUACCUGCCACCGCCGAGCUUUUUCAAUAUAAAACACUGCGAGAGGGUGACGGGUGUGAACGGCAUGUCUGUGGAUGAGAAGACUGACUCCCCCAUGUAUGUGUAUGAGUCAACGGUGCACUGUACCAAUAUUCUCCUCUGCUUAAAUGACCAGCGCAAGCAGGAUAUUCUCUGCGACGUGACGCUCAUCGUGGAGGGGAAGGAGUUCCGCGCCCACCGGGCUGUGCUGGCCGCCUGCAGCGAGUACUUCUUGCAGGCCUUGGUAGGGCAGACGGAAAAUGACCUGGUUGUCAGCCUGCCAGAUGAGGUCACUGUCAGGGGAUUUGGUCCAUUGCUACAGUUUGCCUACACUGCGAAGCUGUUACUCAGCAGAGAAAACAUCCAGGAGGUCAUCCACUGCGCUGAGUUCCUGCGCAUGCACAACCUGGAGGACUCCUGCUUCAGCUUCCUUCAGACACAGCUGCUGAACAAUGAAGAUGGCCUGUUCCUGUGCAAAAAAGAUACCACCUGUCAGCGCAUGCACGAUGAAGAGAACUCGGAUGGAGACGAGGAGGAGACAAUGGAAUCGGAGACGUCAAAAAUAUCUUGCCCAAGAGAGAGAAUGCACCAGGAGUCCUUCAAUUUUGAAGCCACUGUUGCUGGAGCAGACAAAGGAGAAGGGAUGCUGCCUGACCCUGACAUGCUGAGAGAUAGCAAGGACAAUUUGGACAAAGAUGCAGUAACACGGUACCCCAGAUACAAGAAAUACCAGCUUGCUUGUACCAAGAAUGUCUACAACACAUCACACAUCAGUACCUCAGGUUUUGCAAGCACAUUCAGUGAAGAGAGCUCUGGAAAUGGCCUCAAAUCAGGACUUGCUAUGGGGCAGAUAAAAAGCGAGCCUCAAAAUGAAGAGAACGAUGAAGAAAGCAUCACACUUUGCCUGUCUGGAGAUGAACCUGACAUCAGGGAUAAAGAAGGGGAUGUUGAAAUGGACAGGAAACAGCCAAGCCCCACUUGUGUCGACAGGCCGAAAAGUGGGUCCUCUCCUUCUUGCUUGCGGUCUUUCUUCAACAGAACAAAAAGCAUAGAUUUGGUUGGCUUCCCCAGCACUUCCCAACAGCACUUUGGCAGGAGUCCAGCAUGCCCUUUUGAAAAAGGGACAACUCAGGGUGACCACAAAACUGAUUAUGUCCCUUUCACGGGGAACUAUGGACAGUCCCAUGCCAUGCAGAAGGAUGCUUCCAACUUCACAGUGGGAUCGCCACUCAGGGGGCCCGGCUUUGAAACUCUCUGUAAGCAAGAAGGGGAACUGGACAGGAGGAGUGUUAUAUUCUCUUCAAACGCUUGUGACCAAGUAAACACUUCGGUGCAUUCAUAUUCUGGUGUGAGCAGCUUGGACAAAGACCUCACUGAGACUGUGCCAAAGGGUCUGUGGGCUGGUGGCAGCCAGUCUCUGCCCAGCUCCCAGACCUAUUCCCACAGCGGACUGACAGCUGAUCACUUGUCGGGAAGGAUGCGGCCGAACACCAGCUGUCCAGUGCCAAUUAAAGUUUGCCCUCGCUCGCCUCCUUUGGAAACCAGAACCAGGACCUCCAGCUCAUGCUCCUCCUACUCGUACGCAGAGGACGGCAGCGGCGGCUCUCCCUGUAGUCUGCGUCUUUGUGAGCUCUCCUCUUCCCCCUGCUCCCAAGGCCCCCGAUUCCUGGCGCCCGAGCACCAGGAGCCCGGUGUGGUGGGAGAUGGAUUGUACAACCCAGUCCGAGCCCAGAUUAAAUGUGAGCCAUCCUAUGGAACAAACUCCAGCGAUGAGUCUGGGUCAUUCUCAGAAGCAGACAGUGAAUCAUGUCCUGUGCAAGACAGAGGGCAUGAGGUGAAACUUCCUUUUCCUGUUGAUCAAAUCACAGAUCUUCCAAGGAAUGAUUUCCAGAUGAUGAUAAAGAUGCACAAGUUAACCUCAGAACAGCUCGAGUUCAUCCACGAUGUUCGCCGGCGCAGCAAGAACCGAAUUGCAGCUCAGCGCUGCCGCAAGAGAAAACUGGACUGUAUUCAGAACCUCGAAUGUGAAAUCCGCAAGUUGGUGUGUGAGAAAGAGAAAUUGCUCUCAGAAAGGAACCAGCUGAAAGCAAGCAUGGGAGAAUUGCUAGACAACUUCUCAUGUCUUUCCCAAGAAGUGUGUAGAGACAUGCAGAGCCCAGAACAGAUCCAAGCCCUCCACCGAUACUGCCCCGUUCUCAGGCCCAUGGAUCUGCAGACAGCCACCACCAUCAGCCCCUCCCCAGCCGGUGUGGAGCAGAGCCUGGUGCCGUCCCAGUGCGUCGGGGAGAGCAUGCAGUGCUGCUCGGAGCAAGGCUCGGUGCAACUGGGAGCGCCCUGGCUGCCCAACAACGUCUCGGAGAAUUGCUCGGCCGGCGGCGGGGGUUUGGAUGGAGCUGAGCCAGGGUAAAGUAUAUUUCACUCUUUAGAGAAAAACGUAUUUGACAACUGGAUCUGUUCAUCAUACGUUCCACGAAGUAAAGUAAACGGAGAUCACAUCAAUACACUUCGGGGGGCUUCUUUUCCAGCCCCGGUCUGCAUCCUUUACUCAUGGAAGCAACUGCUGCUCCGAGUAGUCCCUGUAGCCUCACCUCAGCUUUCCUCAGACAUUACCUGUUUCCUUCGCCAGACCCGAGCUGCAGAGGUGGGUCUGGCGAAGGCAGAGAUCCUGCCUGGGUAGGAAGAGUUGCAGGAUCAGACCCCUAACCGUUGACUUUGGUUUCCCUACAGAAGUCAAGUUAGCACUGUAUCCUCUAAGAGCAAAUCACACGUCUGUCGACACCCACUCGGGUCGCUUACCCUUCCAGUUCUUGUGUUCCAGGAUCCUCUCGUCCUGCAGCAUUGCCCUCAGCACAAACCGCAGCUAAAAGAGCCCGGUCUCAAAGGAGACUACUCAGUGAAUUGGCUUAGUUGUAACUGUAUUGGAUUUGUAUCUGAAGCGAUGUUGACUCAUGUUAUGACUGUGUGAGACAGCAGCUUUCCGAGCAUAACAGCUGUAUGUACAGUGUAGACAGAAGAGCGUCCUCCUAAUGCUUUUUUAAUAAUUAUUAUUACUCUAAGUGUACUGAGUUUUUCUUUUGUGGUUCUUUGCCCUACGUGUGCCAGGUUGCGUGGCUUUAUCCUGGGCGACGACUGUCGUGUGCUUUACUGGCUGAUAUCGUUUGUUCUUGCUGAAAAAAUUGACCAGCUGUUCACACCUGUUCAAAAAAAAGACAAAAAGAGUAUGGGGGGAUAGCGGCUUCUCAGAAGCACUGGGCGAUAAUGUGGUCUUCUGCACUAACGUUUACACUCGAGGUGUGCGCUGGUGCUUUUUUUGAGGCACCCAGUAGAUCAGCAUCUUUACCUUGGAGGAGGAAUCAGCUCCCUCUCUCCCCUUCUUCCAUCUUCAGACUGUGCUCAUGGACCGUCGCGCGCUUGCCACAAAGUCUUGCUUUUACCCUCUGCACCCACACUAUUGUAGCCGAGCUACCGAGGAGGAAAUGCAUAUAGCAUGUGCCAUGUUUGUUGAAAAUACUUUUUUUCCCCGCAUGUACAAAGAAAAUCUAGUAUAUAAUGUAGGAGAAUAUUUAUGUUUAAGUAUUAAUCAUUACUGUACAAAAUCCUUACCUUUAGAUGUUCAAAAGUAUACGAAUGCCAUAAACUCCUAGUUCACACGGUUGAAAAAGGGGGAGGAGUCGUCCUUUCUUUUUACAAGAGCUUAAGCUAAAACUAUUUGAACCCCCUCCCGGCCACCUUUUGCAGGUAACUGAGUGAGAAGCUCUUGCGGGGGGAUUGGAUUUUCCUUUGGAUUCAUUGACGUUGCAAAGCAGUUCUGUGCUUCGCAGAGAAGUUUUGUUUCUAUGAGACCAUGGUGAAAGCUAGAAUUUAAAACUAAAUGUGAAUCACAUUAUAGACUCAUAGCUACUUGGGGGGGCUGGGGCGGAGGGAGGGAAGGGUCAACUGACACAGUAUUUUAAAGAUGUUUUUCUGUUGCCUUUUUUUUUAAUUUUUAAGUGACCUCCUAUAUAUAUCAAUAGGUAGAAUGUUUUAUGAGCGUAAAACCAAGUUUUAACUUGCUUCCUGACAUGAAGAUUUACUCUACUAACAACUCAUGUGCAACUGGUACUCUUGACCUCAUUCCAACGGUUUAAAAAACCCACCCACACAACCCAUUGCGCUGCAGCUCUUAGGUUUGACCUGGCUUCAUACUGGUGCUGGGUCUCUUGAUUUCCUCUACCUUGGGAACUGGUGUUUAAAACCACUGCUCAAAUAAGUGUCUCUUCCUCAACCUUUUCUCUCCUCUCGCUCUCUUUCCCUCCCCCGUGAGCUUUUCUGGAUGUUUGAUUUCAUUCUUUCCCAUUAGAAGUGGCUGAUUUUGUGUCAUUGCUUCCUAUAUUUACAUGUAUCAUGGUUUUUCAGUGGGUUUUUUUUUUUUGGUGGUGGUGGUGGUUGUUUUUUGUUUCUAUUUCGUCUUGAGUUUUUUUUUUGCUAUUCUGAACCACGUGGCUCUCAAAACUGUUACCGGGCUAACUUUAAAGGAAGGCAUUGGGAGAAUUAGUUUCAGACCUGGACGUCAGUUAGCAUACCCAGCUGCUCUCGUCAUGAGGUCAAAACAGCUGACCACAAGGACACCGUUAGAAAGAAAAGAACAAAAAGAAAAAAAAAAAAAAGGUGACUGCAGUAUUUAUUAGUGUGAAGAGUUUGGCCAGUGGUCACCAUGAUCUUAAGUGAGGAUCUCUUUGCAUUUGUCAAAGAGGACACGUGCAGCAUCUGUCCUGCCAGGCAGUGCUUGGGAAAGGUGUGACGAGCCCCCGUCUCCCUGCUGGGCACUGCAGUGCUCUCAUGGGCAUGCGAGUCCUCGAAGCUUUGUCCAGGCUGUACCUAGUCCUCCUCUUCCUUUGCCAUUGCUAUCCUUGUAUCGCCAGGAAACCUCAUUUCAUUUAGGCUCGUUAUGCUUUGUCAGGUGAGUACUACACUAUAUAAUGUGUUUGUUUCUCUGCGUUCUCUGGGGGUGCCUUGAACACAAUUAAAGCUCAUUGCAAGCUGAUUCUGGAACAAAAAGGUAGUGCAAAAAAAAAAUAAAAAGAAAAAAACAGAAACAGAGAGAGAGAAAACAAAACAGAAAACAUGCAAAAUGCAAAAGCGAAAUGUUGGCUGUGUUAUCAGGAGAUCCCAGUAUUUAUAUCACAAACUUCCUAACAUAUGAUGACUCAGGCGUCAGAGUUUGAUGCUGCAGUAUAAAACUAUUAUUUUAUAUAUUGUACAAGUAAUUUAUUAAAUGUCUUUCUAAGGGUAUAUGCUGCUUUUAAGAUGCACUAUAUUUUUGGAUCUAAUCCUUGUAUUAUUUUUUCCCAAGGAAGUAAAAUGUGCUGCAAAGGCAAGCCACGGUGAUUAGUAUGCUAACUGCUACUUCUCUUUAAAAAGGAGAGUGGGAACUAGAUAAAUAACUUUGCUAAACAGAUUAACUGCUGCCAGAGAAAUGAUUAAUGCUGAUAGUGUGGUUGUUAAUCUGGAGUUCAACACUUCAUCAAGUCUGUAUUCUAAAGAGCGCUUAAAUAGAAGUUAAAAUGCCUAGAUAGAUAGUUAGAUCUUUUAAUAUGUAUGUUUAUGAUUGCCUAAGGAAAAAAAAAAAAAAACAAAUCUGCAUGCUGGAAUCACUAUAAUCUUGUAAUAAAAUAAAAUCUGAUCCACUAGGAGAAAGCAUGAUGAAGCGCUGUAAUGCCAGGCUCACUUGUGUCAUGUAAUCCACUACUGUGGUUGUUAAAAAGGAGAGGGAUGGGUUUCCAGAGUAGACCUGUAGUGAAUUUUGCAGUGAGACAAGGUGAACGUUUGCCAGGUUUACGCAAGCUCGCAUUUUGUCCUUUACUGUUGCAACGAGGAGCACUGCUUUCACCUUUCUUCUGAUCCGAAACGCGUUUGGAGGUGUCUUCGGGUGAACGUUGUAGCCCAAGCUUGCAGCAUUUUAAAAGUCUAUAUUUUAGGUCUGUGUAGAGAAGGUUUAGCUUCAGUGUGAGCAGCGGAGCUGAUGGCCUUGCAUAAGGAGGGAUCUGCUAAGUAUCGGGUGGCUUAUUUUUGUUGGAAGUGAGGUGAAACUAAAACCAUUACCGUAAAGAACUUAUGCUCUCUUUCCUGCUAGAAAUUUCCUCAACAGAGUUUUUACUUCAUUUCAGUUUUGUCUCUGCCAACACAGUCCAAGUUAAUUUUAUAUAGAUAUCUAUAAUACGUGUAUGUAUGUAUACAUACAUAUAUAAUUCUAGUCAGUGUGUGUUUGUGUAUUUUCUUGUUUAUAAUACCUAUGUGUAUAUUUAUAAUACUCCUUGGAGUAUUUCAUGACUCAGGCAUCAGAUCUGAUGCUGCAGAAUCCAAUAUAUGUGUAUAUGCAUAUGUUCAAAUACUGUGUGUAUAUUUAAAAGAUCUAUUGUUGGUGGUCUGUAGAAUAAUUAUUCUCCUUACUCUCAAAAUUUUAAUGGCAUUACUUGCAAGGACUAAGUGUAUAGUAUUUUCCUACACUCCACCAGGAUAGGUGUUAUUUAUAUCAAAGUCAAAUACUGAUAUGCAUUUUAAGGUAUUACACAUACAAUGUUGCCAUUUUUGCAAAUAAAACCACUUUUUGGCAGGAAGGAAUCCUAAAAAUACCUUUUUGUAAGGGAAUUACCCCAGACAAACGACUGCUGAAAACCCAGUUAGAUGACUCCUGUUCUCGUACAAAUUUUACUUGCUGUGGGAAGAGCCCUUUACGGAGGCGAAAUGACGCGCGCGGUGCCGCCCUUGUCCCUUUCGUCUCAUUAAGGGCACGCAGAAUGAAACUAGCAUCCCAAAACAGAAAUGGCAGCUGGCAGCGUUUGAUCUCACUGAUUGCUUAGAAGCAGAGAUGGUCCCAGGCUGCGGACCCGAACGGCCCCUGGGACUGGGGUCGCUGUCAGGGCUCGGCCCCGUAGCCGGAGGCAACGCAACCUCCGGGGCGCGAUUGCACAGGACGGUGCUCCCUCGCGUUUGCUGUAUACCUGAGAGAAAUGUGCAUGCUAUAGAUACUGUUCCCACUACUACUUGUGCUCUGACCGAAGCUAUCUGGAUCCCGCAGGCUGGCAGGAAUUAUACUAAACACUUUGGUGAUAUUUGAUGCGUGUUUGUUUACUAUUGAUUUCAAGCAUCGCCUUUGAUUUCAAGGGUGGGGAUGCCCUAAGAGUUUGUUCCAGAACCAGUUGGUUACAAGUGCACCUCUUAUAUAUGCCUUACAAACUUCAGAGGCCAUAUUCAAAACAGGGUUUUAUCAGUGUAUGCAAGGGGGUGCAACCCCUCUUCUCUUCCUCCCCAGGUCAAACAGUAUGGACAGUUUUCACACAUAUCUACCUGUAUAACCCUCUGUACCUCUCAUAACUGGUCAAUGACUGUAACAGGUUACAUCAGGUGUUUUUUCUACAUACUUUUUACACAAAUUCUAUGCGAUUAAUGUAACUUAAUUCAAUGCAUCAUUUUAUUGUACUAGUUCUUAAGCUUGUCUUUAUUUUUUUUCUAGGUGACUGUGGUUUCUUGUGAUUUUUAUUGUAUAAAUAAAUGAGGUGGCUGUUGAUGCUUACUCUCUGUUACUAAGAAUUUUUACCUUUUUGGAAGAAAGCAUUGCUAUGAACUAAUGAAUUUAAAAUGUCAUUUACUCAUUGUAAAUACAGUAUUGUGCAAAAAACAAAAAUGAAAAAAAAAAACCACCCGACUCGCUUCAUUCAUUUGAAUUGCUAGUGUUAACUGAAUUUUGUCUAGACACCAUUUCUGUUGAUGAAAUAAAGACAUAUCAUUAUGUAUUGUAAAUUGA